CCCUGAGGCCGGACUCAACGGAUUCGGGCCGCGCCACCGGGCGAGCUCGCCGCCCGGCCCCAACCCGGAGCUAGCGAGCGAGCGAGGCGGCGCCGCGCGUCUCCAGCAAGCAGAGUCUUUAGAGACUGAACGACUUCAGAUAGCUGGAGAAUGCUUCUUAAAUGGCCUGUGUGUACUCUAGAUUUGCUUGUAAAUGCAUCACGAAGAGGUAGCCCAGAAUGAAGAAAACAAGCAGGAGUGUUGGCUCAGUGCCUAAAGUGUCUGGGAUAAGCAAAACACAAACAGUAGAAAAAACUAAACCUGAGAACAGCUCUUCAGCAUCUACAGGAGGCAAAUUCGUAAAACCAGGAACAGCAGCAUCGUUGUCAAAGACCAAGAGCAGUGAUGACCUUUUAGCUGGAAUGGCUGGAGGGGUGACAGUGACUAAUGGUGUUAAAGGAAAGAAGAGCACCUGCCCUUCUGCAACAUCUUCAGCAUCUGCCCCUGCCAUGACCACUGUGGAGAACAAAUCCAAGAUUAGCACAGGCACAAGUUCUUCAACCAAGCGGAGCACUUCCACAGGUAAUAAAGAAUCCAGUUCUACUAGAGAAAGAUUACGUGAACGUACCCGACUAAACCAGAGCAAAAAACUACCUUCUGCAGGUCAGGGAACUAAUGACGUGGCAUUGGCUAAACGUUCCCGAAGUCGCACUGCCACGGAAUGUGAUGUUCGCAUGAGCAAGUCUAAAUCGGACAAUCAGAUCAGUGACAAAGCUGCUUUGGAAGCCAAAGUGAAAGAUCUUCUCACACUGGCAAAAACCAAAGACGUGGAAAUUUUACAUUUAAGAAGUGAACUCCGAGACAUGCGGGCUCAGCUGGGCGUUAAUGAGGAUCAUUCUGAGGGUGAUGAAAAAUCUGAGAAGGAAGCCAUUAUUGCUCACCAGCCGACUGAUGUUGAGUCCACUUUAUUGCAGUUACAGGAACAGAAUACUGCCAUCCGUGAAGAACUCAACCAGCUGAAAAAUGAAAACAGAAUGUUAAAGGAUAGGUUGAAUGCAUUGGGCUUUUCCCUAGAGCAGAGGUUAGACAAUUCUGAAAAACUGUUUGGCUAUCAGUCCCUGAGCCCAGAAAUCACCCCUGGUAACCAGAGUGAUGGAGGAGGGACUCUGACUUCUUCAGUGGAAGGCUCUGCCCCUGGGUCAGUGGAGGAUCUCUUGAGUCAGGAUGAAAACACCCUCAUGGACCAUCAGCACAGUAACUCUAUGGACAAUCUAGACAGCGAGUGCAGUGAGGUGUACCAGCCCCUCACAUCAAGCGAUGACGCCCUAGACGCACCCUCGUCCUCAGAGUCAGAAGGCAUUCCGAGCAUAGAGCGCUCUCGGAAGGGGAGCAGUGGGAAUGCCAGUGAAGUGUCUGUUGCUUGCUUGACGGAGCGGAUCCACCAGAUGGAAGAGAACCAACACAGUACGAGUGAGGAACUUCAGGCAACUCUGCAGGAGCUAGCUGAUUUACAGCAGAUUACCCAAGAACUGAAUAGUGAAAAUGAAAGGCUCGGAGAGGAGAAGGUUAUUCUCAUGGAGUCUUUAUGUCAGCAGAGUGAUAAGUUGGAACACUUUAGCCGACAGAUUGAAUAUUUCCGCUCCCUUCUAGAUGAACAUCACAUUUCUUAUGUCAUAGAUGAAGAUGUGAAAAGUGGACGCUAUAUGGAAUUGGAACAGCGUUACAUGGAUCUAGCUGAGAAUGCCCGUUUUGAACGAGAGCAGCUUCUGGGUGUCCAGCAGCAUUUAAGCAAUACUUUGAAGAUGGCAGAACAAGACAACAAGGAAGCUCAAGAAAUGAUAGGGGCACUCAAAGAACGAAAUCACCAUUUGGAGCGAAUUAUUGAGUCUGAGCAGAAGGGUAAAGCAGCCUUGGCAGCCACAUUAGAGGAGUACAAAGCCACAGUGGCCAGUGACCAGAUAGAGAUGAACCGCGUGAAGGCCCAGUUGGAGAAUGAAAAGCAGAAAGUGGCAGAGCUGUAUUCUAUCCAUAACUCUGGAGACAAAUCUGAUAUUCAGGACCUCCUGGAGAGUGUCAGGCUGGACAAAGAAAAAGCAGAGACUUUUGCUAGUAGCUUACAGGAGGAUCUGGCUCACACCCGAAAUGAUGCCAAUCGAUUGCAGGACACCAUUGCAAAGGUAGAAGAUGAAUACAGAGCCUUCCAAGAAGAAGCCAAGAAACAAAUAGAAGAUUUGAAUAUGACAUUAGAAAAAUUAAGAUCAGAGCUGGAAGAAAAAGAGACAGAAAGGAGCGACAUGAAAGAAACCAUCUUUGAGCUUGAAGAUGAAGUGGAACAACAUCGAGCCGUGAAACUUCACGACAACCUCAUUAUUUCUGAUUUAGAGAAUACAGUUAAAAAACUCCAGGACCAAAAGCAUGACAUGGAAAGAGAAAUCAAGACGCUCCACAGGAGACUUCGGGAAGAAUCUGCGGAAUGGCGGCAGUUUCAAGCUGAUCUCCAGACUGCAGUGGUCAUUGCAAAUGACAUUAAAUCUGAAGCCCAAGAGGAGAUUGGUGAUCUGAAGCGCCGGUUGCAUGAGGCUCAAGAAAAAAAUGAGAAACUCACAAAAGAAUUGGAGGAAAUAAAGUCACGCAAGCAAGAGGAGGAGCGAGGCCGGGUGUAUAACUACAUGAAUGCUGUUGAGAGAGAUUUGGCAGCCUUAAGGCAAGGGAUGGGUCUGAGUAGAAGGUCCUCGACUUCCUCUGAGCCAACCCCUACGGUAAAAACCCUCAUCAAGUCCUUCGACAGUGCAUCUCAAGUUCCAAACCCUGCUGCAGCUGCAAUUCCUCGAACACCUCUGAGUCCAAGUCCUAUGAAAACGCCCCCUGCGGCAGCUGUCUCCCCUAUGCAGAGACAUUCCAUAAGUGGACCAAUCUCUACAUCCAAACCCCUGACAGCCCUGUCAGAUAAGAGACCAAACUAUGGAGAAAUCCCUGUUCAAGAGCAUCUAUUAAGAACAUCUUCAACCAGCCGACCUGCUUCUCUGCCGAGAGUACCUGCCAUGGAAAGUGCCAAGAACAUCUCAGUGUCUCGACGAAGUAGUGAAGAGAUGAAACGAGACAUCUCUGCACCUGAGGGAGCGUCGCCGGCCUCUCUGAUGGGGAUGGGAACCACAUCACCACAGCUUUCCCUUUCCUCCUCUCCCACGGCAUCUGUGACCCCCACCACCCGAAGCCGGAUAAGGGAAGAAAGGAAGGAUCCUCUCUCAGCAUUGGCAAGAGAAUAUGGAGGAUCAAAAAGGAAUGCCUUGCUGAAGUGGUGUCAGAAGAAAACAGAAGGCUAUCAGAAUAUUGACAUUACAAACUUCAGCAGCAGCUGGAAUGAUGGGCUGGCCUUCUGUGCUCUCCUGCAUACGUACCUUCCAGCCCACAUUCCAUAUCAAGAACUGAACAGCCAAGAUAAGCGAAGGAACUUCACGCUGGCCUUCCAGGCAGCUGAGAGCGUCGGCAUCAAAUCCACUCUGGACAUUAAUGAAAUGGUGCGGACUGAACGGCCCGAUUGGCAAAAUGUGAUGCUGUACGUGACAGCGAUCUACAAGUACUUUGAAACCUGAGCACACCAGGACGACCCUCCAUAGUUAUCAAGCAACACCAACGCCAUUACCUACAUGCCCUGUAAAGCUUUCAGUGACUCUCUGGGUUGCCCCACAGUGUGUGAGCCUUCAAGUUGGGGCCUCCGAGUUGGGAGAACGCGGGCCUCUGUGGCCCACGACUCAAACUGGGCUCCUCCCUCAUGACCUGUCCAGUCAGAGGUCAACGUGGGCUCAACACACAUCAUGCUGAUUGGCAGCCGGAGUUUUCCUUCUGAAGAGAAUAUUGAACUACGUUAGUGCUAUGGGGUGUAAAAAAAAAAGGGCUCAUGGCACAGCAAAACUUGGGAAAGGGGGUUAAAUUAUAUGGACAGCUCACACAGGGUUAGUGACAGCUGUAGCCACAGUGCUUCUUGACUGCUCGCUGUGCAAGUUCCAUCACCCGUGAGAACCAAGUAGGGAAAUCAGGGCCUGGCAGAGGUUCCUGCUUCCUGGUGCUGGGCAAGUGGGCCUCGGCCCUUUACGUGGGCUUCGGGGAGUGUGUCACCACAGCAGUGGGAAAGCCACCCCUUCCCUGUGACAGGGCUGUCCUAGCCAACACAAUUUAGGUUUUUUCACCGUGAGCUAACAGAUGGUCAAGACCUGCGUUCCUGGCUCUCAGGAUCGGCUGCUGUUGACAGGCCACAUGGCUGUGCCUCCAUCGACAGGAGACAGGUCAGGUCCCCUUUGCUGAUACGCUGCUGACCUGUCCUCCAGCCUUGAAGGUGCCGGGAAACCUGGCUCUGACUUUAGGUUUCUGGACAAAAGAUUGGUCAUAAGGAGUUCUCUAGUUAAAAAAAAAAGUUUUUUUCUUAAGAGCAAUACUGGGGGAAAAUAGCUCUUGUUUUAUUAGUACCAAAGUUAAAUUGUUUUAGUAAACAUAGAGGUAAAACACAAAAUCUGGACGUUCGCCUGGUGAAAGUCUGGAAUGAAGGUGGAAGUAGCAGGAGAAAAAGCUGAACAACUUGAGGGAUCCCAGACAGUGUGAUUUAAAAUCACUUCUGAGUGGCUCAGACGUAACCCUCCUAGGCAAGAAUCGAAGAAAGUGCCUUAACUCUCCUUGCAAGGGUAGCCAUCGUACAGAGUGUCUCAGAGGCCACCGCCUCCACAGCCAUGGUAGGAUGUCAUCGGGCUUGCAGCACUGCAGCCCAGGGAUGGAGUUGGUCCCCUGCCAUGCCGCCCUUUCCAGGUUCUGAGCGACAGGAAGCCGCACCACAGCCCCUUCUAUGCGGUUUGAACUGAAGCCUUAUCACAAGGUGUUCUGUUGAGAAGACUCGGGCUGGGACUCGGCCCUUCUUGGGGACAAGGAACCCACGUCUCAUGUGCGCCUAACACAGUAGCUGUUCGUUUGAACGAUGUCAAGACCUGUUGCUUCCAGAAUACAACUGAGUUUGACACCUGCAAAGUAGCAAGAGAAGAGCUGCCACCAAUGGAAGCAGGAUCGCUGCCCCAGCCACAGGAUGCAAGGAGGGGACCCGCAGAAGGCCACCCAGCAUGUGGGCUGAGGGUUCUGCAUGAUGUUUUAGACUAGGAGUUUGACGUGUCUAUAGCCUAGAAAAGAAUGUGGUUAUUAUGAAAUGGGCUGUGUGUGUACAGCCUGCUGGCCCACGGUCACCAGGUGGCUGAUAAAUGCCCUCAACCCUGCCCAGAUGUCCUAACCUGGCAGCUCCGGCUGCUGCCCCAACUGGAGGUGUUCUGUGAAAUGCCCGUUUUAAGCUAAGGAAGGAGAAGCCCGGUGAGCAGAGGCCAGCCCCGGAGCACAGCAGAAGACCCUGGUGGACGCCUGUCCCCAUCGUUCUUGUUUCUGCUGCUCUGUUGACAGUUGUGCUGUGCUGUCAGCUGAGGGACUGUUAGGGGGAGAAUCAUUGUUUUUAAAUGUCUCUCCACUUGGUUUUUCUGCGUCCCACUUUUGCUCUUGUUUGCCCUCACGGAGGCCUGUGCACCUGUCUGGACCCAGUGUGUCUGAUCUGAGGCCAUGUGUUUAUUUAUUUAUUAUGUUGGGCAGAAGCUGUUUUAUCCUUUGACAGAGAAGACUUUCUUGGGUCUGUAGGUCACACAUUUGUCCCUUCCUAGCCAAGUGAGCCAGCCCUGGCGGCUUGUGUUUUCAGGGAGUCACCAGUGUCUUUGGAGGAAGGUUUUAGAAGGUGGCUGCUGUUGAUGGGCUGUGCCCUCAUGGCCGGCAUCGCCCAGCAUUGUGUGCAGGGGUUGGUGACAGGGCAGAGAGUGGCCACGGAGAGGGUCUGGCCUGGGCUGUCAGCAUUUGCAUGUGGGUCCGCGGGUGAAAAGAUUCCAGAAGCAUGACUUUUUGCUUUUCUAAUAGAAUUCGUAUAACACUACUGGCUUUAUGAGAUGAUUAUAGACAGUCAUAUAUACCUAAGAGUGAGGCUCUGAGGUGCUUUAGUCCAGUGGCACUUGAUGUGGAGCCUCCAAGAAGCCAUUUUGCCUCUUUUUCCUUCAAGCACAAGCUUUACUGUAAGAGGGCCAGUUACGUUUCUAUUUCUGUCGACCACAGGCUUCUGCUGACUGAUGAUACUUUUUAAUUUUGUUCUAUUAUUAUUCUUGAAUGUAUUAAAAUUGCUGAAACACCUCA